UACUGCAAGCGUCUUUUGUACCAAAUAUUUGAUGUAAGUUUAAUUUUACGAUCACCCUAAAGAUUGAUAUUGGUUUAUCCCCAUUGACCUUUAUACCCUCUAUUUACUAUGUCCAUGUGGAUUUUAUCAGAACAGUUUCUUCGAAGACAUUUCUCGUCAAAUUUUCAAUCUAUUUCUGCAACGAAAUGAAGAAAACAGAGGGUUCAGAAUCCGCAACGGCUGCUGGAUGCCCGUCCGAGACCGAGUUAGCAGGGAAGGCUGACAUAUGUGAAGGUUGUCCAGGACAGGCACUCUGCAAGCAGCAAGGUGGACGAGACCCAGACCAGGAUAUACUGGACACCAGGAUGAAAGCCAUUAAGCACAAGAUUCUCAUUCUGUCAGGGAAAGGAGGUGUAGGGAAGUCCAGUGUAGCAGCCUGUUUAAGUAUGGCACUGGCAGAAUUGUCACACAAGGUAGGAGUGGUGGACCUUGAUAUCUGUGGACCCAGCAUCCCCAAACUACUGGCAGUGGAGGGGAGGGAGGUCAUCAACUCACAGUGGGGGUGGAAACCUUUGAUAUCCCCCCAUCAUGAUGUAAAGGUAAUGUCAGUGGGCUCCCUGUUGGAACAGUCAGACAAUGCAGUCAUAUGGAGAGGACCAAGGAAAACAGCCCUGAUCAGAAGGUUUCUCAAAGACACCUUCUGGGGACGUCUGGAUGUCCUAAUCUGUGACACUCCACCUGGCACGAGUGAUGAACACCUGACUGUUGUCAAGGCGAUGAAGAGCACCAACCCUGAUGGAGCCGUCAUCGUGACCACGCCCCAGGAGGUUGCCAUAGCAACCAUCAGGAAGGAGCUGAAUUUCUGCAGGAAGAUGGGAGUGCCUGUGAUUGGCAUUGUGGAGAAUAUGAGCGGAUAUGUCUGCCCAUGUUGUCAGGAAAGAACCAACAUCUUUUCCUCCGGUGCUGGAGAGAGGCUAGCUAGAGAGUACAGUGUCCCUUUCCUGGGGAGAAUACCCAUUGACCAGCACCUGGUACAGUGUUGUGAGGAAGGCAGUAGCAUCUUCAAGUCCCAUCCUGAGUCUCCUGCUGCAUCAGCACUUCUACAGGUGGCACAGGCAGUUAUGGGGGAGGUCACCAGAUGACACUCUGAUGUGCUGAACAUUCCAUAUAGUUUUAUAAAAUU